AUGUUGGCGCGCUCUCUCCUGCUGGGUAGCGCUGCUGCCUUGAGUGCGAGUGCCAUGUUGGUAGUUCCGGACAUGGAGCCUCAAAUGGAGGCAGUUGAAAAUGGAUUCGUUAAAAUCCAUCCGUUACUCUUGGCUGACGCUCAUAAUGCAAUGGUCAACCUUCCGUGCCAGGAAUGUCCUUUCCGUGAAGUUGACCAUGAGGGCGUUGCUACUUGGGCUCGGGGUAAAUCCCCUUCGCUGAUGUUGGAAUUCACCGUCGAAGACAGUCUCUUGCUGGCCAACGGACGGCAGAUCUUCCCUCCGGUCAAUCCUGGCCCUCUUCGCGCUAGUCAGCAACUUGAAGAUGGACAGGUCUCGGAACCAAUGAUAGUCGGCUACGCCUUGGAGAUGAUGCCCAUGGAAACGACAGAUAAGAGUGUUGGAAUGGAUCUCUACGAUGUGCGACUGACUAUUCUUGACCUUGAAAGACACCCUAUUGCGGUGGACACGGUGGCCAUCAAGCUCGUCCAAGACUCUGCUGGUGAGCUUUAUAUCGCGAAGACCGAAAUUGAGAAGACCAAGCCAUCUUCCAAUGAACUCUCGUGGGAGAAGUGUGAUGGUAAGGCCACAUGUCUUCGCGAGCUUGCAAUCGGCCGUGUGCGGGGUCUCCUCGCGGCUGCCAAAGAUCGCGUUGCUGCUGCUGCUGCUGGCAAGCCCGGCCGAAAAGGCUGUCACGGAAAGCAUCGCCCCACGGAGGAGAUGGCCGCUUGGUCUAAAUUCGAGAAGGGACAUCACAACGGUGGUCAUCAUCACCACCACCACCCCCAUUCACAUGGUGCUCUUGCGCGAACCAGCAGGCGAAUUGUUCACUUUAUUAUCAUUCCGGCCCUGGUCGGAAUCCUGGCCGGUGUUGCAGCAAGCGCUAUCGGUAUGCUUAUUGGCCAAGCUGUCAUCUUCGUUUGGCGGCGAUACCGGUGCAGCAGCCCCCAAGAGACUCGGACAUCUUGGGAGCACGGUGAGUCUUGCGAAAAGCAAGGCCUUAUUGAGGACAACCUGGAAAUUUCGGAGGAGGAAGCUCUCCCUCAGUAUACCGAAUCGGCGUCUACCCGCAACUCCAUUGACAAAAACUAA